UCCCAACCGUCCCUCGACAGCAAUCCUCACCACCAGCGUGGGCACAACAACUGUCGGAGCCUCGGGGGUGCACCAAGUGGCAAAAAUCGCAUAUGCGUAUUGAUUACAGACUAAUGUCAUCGCUGAAUCCUUUAGCAGCACCUCGUCCGCUUCCGCCCUUUUGCACAGCCAUGCGCCCUCAUCUAUCGCAUAAGGGCGAAGCUCCAAGGAUAGUAGGAUGCCUUGUGCUGUUAUGCCCAGCAUCGUGCAUAGCCACCAAGGAUCGCUAUAAUGACGGCUAAUCCUCAUCCAACUUACACAGCUAGGCCUUUGGUCUGCAAGUCGCUUCAGGACUACCCUUCGACCUCCCCAGAAUGAAGCAGAAGACACUCGAAUGGGCAGGUCCCUAUGGUGCCUGGUGUUCAGUCUGUUCCCCAGAGACCGAAGAGACGCACACGAACCUCCCUUUUGGUCUCGUUACUCUCCCUUCAGAACCUGCGAUGAAUGCCGCUGGCCGGACUUCAGACCACCCUUUCAAGGACCUUCGUUCCGCCCGCCGCACCUACCAACGUUCCAAGAGAUACCCUGAGCGCAUCUAUAGCGGCAACAAGCGUCGUCGCUCCGAUAAAGCUCCACUCGCUCGAGUAGCAGCAUCCAAGGAUCCGUACAAGCAGAUAGAAAGCCGAGAAUGGGAGGGCGACUGGGACGCCGACUGGGCACCUGAAAUAGACAUGGAGCGCAUAGACGACAUAGCUGCGUACUACCUCUUCGGCAAGAACGCUGACAUCUUCGAAUACUACAAUGAGGGAGACAUAAUGGCUGGCGAAGAUUUCGGGUCCUGGGCACGACGGCGUAUCGCAGAAAUGCGACAAGUCAAGGAACAUCGUAUACACAGAUACGGUGAACCUACAAGCCCUUCACCACUAUCAGUCUUAUCGCAUACGAUGCGCAACGAUUCGCGUCCCGGUCGUACCAGCGCCACCAUCCUCACAGCGCCCUACGCAAGCUCCCACGAAACAACCCUACCCACGAGUCUCUCGGAUAUUCGUGCGCACCUCACACUAGCCUGCGCCCUCACACCGUCCGAGAAUCUCAGACAGCGCUGCCGUAGCCGCAACCUGCCAGCCUUGCCUAUCAUCUAUGGUUUCGACUGGUGGGGCGAAUAUACUUGGCAAUGGCAUAGGAACAUGUCUGGGUGUUGGUACCUCGGCUACGGGCACGCGUGUCAGGAGAACUGCGAGGAGCCAUGCACACGGCCGUGUUGGGGCCAUAUGCUGUACGAAUGCUGUUGUGAGGAAUUUGGUGUGGGAAUGGAUUGGGAGGUGCCAGCGCCGGAGGAUGUGCAGAGGUGUAGUAUCGUGGAGUGGGUUAGUGGAAAAUUGAGGGAGGAUAUGGAGAACGAUCACGACGAGGUUGUCUGGGGGAGGCUACAAGGAACAGUGAAAGAGGACGAACAGGGUCCAGAAGCUGAUCUUGGUCAAGAGCGGGAGUAUGGGAACUACUUCGAAGAUGAAUAUGUCAUCCUAGGAAAGAGAGACGAGGAUAGUGAUGCAUGGAGUCUCAUCAGCAGUGUUGACGAAAGGUCUUGUUCAUAAACAAUGAUAUGAUUGAAGACUUCAACGAGCAUUACCUAUGCAAGUCGAUCAGACUUCUAGCUUCUUCUCAUCAACAAAACCGCCCUUUGCCCUCUCCGCUCUCUCGGCAGCCUUCCUCUUCUUCGCAUCCACUCUCUCCCUGUCCUCCCUCAUCUGCCUGAUCAAAGCACUCUUUUCUCUGAUCUUAUGUCCGUAGAGGUAAAAGACUACCGGAAUAGGUAUCAGUGCGAACUCGAUGAGCGAGAGCAUUGUCGCACUCCAAUGCGGACCAAGGCUCUGGUACAUUUUUGGGCCUGCAAGGGGAAGGGCUCCACCCAUAGCAGAACGCAACACGGCAUUUCCAGCGAGAGCAGAAGCGGCGUAGAUGCCGUAUGAAUGCACGAGGU